GAGCAGCAGGUUGAAUCAUCAGAGGAAGAGACGAAACAAGAAGCAUCUUCAUCCAGGAGACCUUCAGCAAUAAGAGGAGGAACAGGAAAACAGGAGGAUGUGUCCUGCGUGGCUAUUGGUGGUAGUGGUGGUUGUGGGUGGAGCCAAAGGAGCUGUCGGUCAGUGCUGGGAACACCCAAGCUGCCAGGAUGUGCACAGUGAGGGCGGCAUGAUGGACUGCAUCCAGCUCUGUCGGACCGACCUCACAGCUGAAACCCCCCUCAUCCCAGGAAGUGCCCAUCUUCAGCCCCCCAAUCCCCCCUCAGAGCCCUCCUCCAUCAUCUCCUUCUCUCCUCAGGCCAAGCGCUCCUACUCCAUGGAGCAUUUCCGCUGGGGGAAACCCGUCGGCCGCAAACGCCGCCCAGUUAAAGUCUACUCCUCUGAUGAUGUUGCAGAGGAGUCUGCUGAGGUGUUCCCUGGUGAGAUGAGGAAGCGGGAGCUGACCAAUGAGCUGCUGGCAGCUGUAGGAGAAGAGGAGAAGGCUCAAGAAGUGAUGGAGGAGGCAGAGGAGGAGCAUCAGCAGCUUCUGGGAGAUCUCCAGCAGAAGAAAGAUGGCUCAUACAAGAUGAAGCACUUCCGCUGGAGUGGGCCACCAGAAGGAAAACGUUACGGAGGCUUCAUGAAGAGCUGGGAGGAGGGGCGGCAGAAACCGCUGGUGACGCUCCUCAAGAACAUCAUCAACAAGGAGGAGCAAAAGUGAGAAGGGCCAAGAGGAGGGAGAGCAGGAGGAGGUUUCCAGCUGAUCAGCAGCAGAGAUUCUAGCAGUAACUACUAAACCGUUGAACAUCAGCUGAGAGGGAACGAGAGCGAUGGAGACGUUUAGAGAUGUUUAAAAUUUAAAGUUUGAUGUAAAUAAAUUAUUUAUUACAUGAAAACAGCUGAAGCAGAAA